UCCAAAUCAGAUGGAAAACUUUAUGGAAUUCUUUCGCGAUUAUUUAAACAGAUAGAACAUGCAACAGUUCUGAAUGUCAGAAGGGGUUCAUGUGUAUUCAUUUGUCUCUCCUACGAUCAAUUAGCUGAAUAUCUUAACAUAUUGCCAUCCCUUUUUUAGUUGCUUUUAAAUUAAAUCGCUAUCAUCCGGGUGAAGUACCAAAUUGCUACCGCGCUCCUGAAAUAAUCUUAUCAUGAUCACGACACUUUUCUCCCUCUUCGUAUGUUCCACAUUUCUGGUUAAUCGGUUUGGUAACAUUUGAGUUUAUUUAGGACACACACAGACAAACAGAAAUACAUUUCGAUUUAUAGAGUUCUUACAUUUUUCUUACACCAAAGGCGUACCAAAGGGGCUUUUCAAAGGCGUUGACCAGCGCAGCAUCAAAACCACUGGAUUGAAUAUUUUAAAUUAAAAAAAAAUGUAAUCUCUGUCUGAGUGAUUUUUUGCAAACUCAUCUCUGUUUUGUUGAAAAAAAGGACGGAGCUGUAUUAAUGGUAUGUGUUAUCUAAUCAGGCAAAUAUUUAAAUCGUGUAAACCGUUGCCUCACGGUGUCCCCCAGGGCCAUUUGUUUUUGGCGAAAAACGGUAGCCCUCAACCAAACGGUAUAUAAAUGGUAGAUCGCUGCGAUGAUACACUGUCUGUGACGUCCAGCAAACCAACAUGAAGAGUUUGGGAGUUUUGGUUGCACUUUGUGCCUUUGUGGCAGUACAGGGUUUUGCUCAAAAUAUUCCGAUUGUGAAACCUAGUAAAAGAACUGUUGUCACGCCGCCAGUUGUGGAUAGUGUGCAGUUUGAUCCGAGUUUUUCGUGCGAUCCUGAAAAUCGUAUCACCUGUGGAAGUUGUAGCAGCGUCAUGAUUUGCAACUACGAAGGAAAUAAAGUUGGUGGAUAUGAUUGCUCAUCAGUCGAUCCUUCUCGACCGUAUUGCAUCGGUAAUGGCAUAUGCUCCGGCACGCCGGCUGACGGCUGUAACGUAAAAAGUGAUCUUUGUCCAACGGCCGAUUAUUUUUAUCCAGUUCCUUCAAACUGCAGCGAACUUGUGUACUGUGACGACAAGCAGACUGCAAUCAAGAUAAGCAGCCCAUCUUCGACUGCUAUUUUCAACUACGCCAUACAGUCCUGGACUUUGCGCGUUGCUCCUUCAGACUGUUUCCAAAUCAACUGUGAAGCCGCUGGCCAGCUUGACAAAUGGUAUGCCUACAAGCCUAGUCCACAGCUCAGUAUUUACUGCAGUUCUCAAGGACCGAUGACAUUCGUGUGUGCAAACGAAGCGGAUGUAUUCAAUGAAGCCAAGAAAACGUGUGAGUUUGCUUGCUCUAAGGAGGGUAACUUUCCAUAUCCGGGCGAUUCCAGCCAAUACUACUUUUGUCUUUCCGAUGGAAAAGGAGGUUUUCAAAAGCUCGUUAAUGCGUGUCUCUCUGGAUUUACCUUCGAUAGUGACGCUAAGAAAUGUGUUAAGUCUACCCCUGCCCUGCCGGGAGCCUGAUCAAUUAAUCAAUUAAUUAUCCAUCGAUCAAAAAUAUGAUGGUAAAUAAAAUUAAAAAUAUA